AUGGAUGUCAUCGUCGACCCGCCCGCCGAGCAGUUCGCCACCUUUCCGCAUCAAGGGAUUGCCUCAGGGUACGGAUUUGACAUUGAUUUGAUGAAGCGAUCCAUGGACGCUGUUGCUGGCCCAGAAAACGUGAAAAAAGCUCGCUGGAACAACGGUCAAGCCGCAGAUCCGUCCAUUGACGCACGCUACUCCAACUACGGCUACGGUCCAGGCAAACCAAGCUCUAUAUACCACCGGAAUGAAUCAAAAUAUCGGCCUCAACAACAUGGGUCUCACCCUCAACACCCAGCAAAACGGUCUCGGCAUCAAUGCCAUGAAUGGUGCUCAGGGACAGAUGCAAUCAUCAGGCUCGGCCAGCGGAAUGCCUCCCAGCCCCAUCGGAGGCGCCGGUCAAGCUUAUCUAAAUGGCCUCGGUGGCAUGGCACCAACGGCUUUGGUUACAAUAACGGGAUGGGUGUCAAUGGUAUGGGCAUGGGCAUGGGUAUGGGCAAGUGCUCGUUUGAUCCCUAUCGAUUCCCACUAACCCGUAAAAUCCAGGCCGGACAGCGCCCCAAUCAACUUAGUGUGCCUGGCACCACCAACACUUUUGCUGCUGCAGCAGUCGCAGCAGCCGCUGCCGCAAACAACCAGACUGGCCGUACCGUCUAUGUUGGUAACCUUCCGGCCGAUGCAUCCGUAGACGAACUUCUCAACUUGGUCCGCUUUGGGCCUCUUGAGUCCGUGCGUGUGUUGCCAGAAAAAUCAUGCGUCUUCAUCUCCUUCUUGGAUGGCGCCACGGCUGCUGCCUUCCACGCGGACGCAACUGUCAAGAAGCUCGCACUGCAUGGACAAGAGCUCAAGAUUGGCUGGGGAAAGCCUAGCCCCGUCCCAAGCCAGGUCAUGCUCAGCAUUCAGCAGAGCAACGCAAGCCGCAACGUCUACCUCGGUGGUCUGGACGAGAACAUGACCGAGGAGCAGCUUCGUGACGAUCUGAGCCGAUUCGGUCUUAUUGACCAAGUGAAAAUUGUACGCGACAAGAAUAUUGGGUUUGUUCACUUCCUCAGCAUCUCGGUUGCAACCAAGGUUGUUGCUACCCUCCCUACCGAACCAGCCUGGGCAGGAAAGCGUGUGAACUAUGGCAAGGAUCGAUGCGCCUAUGUCCCCAAGUCGCAGCAAACACAGGGCAACGCUAUGGCCACUGCUGCCGCCACAGCGGGAAUUACAGGCUUCACGCCCUUUUCCCCGCUCGCCAGCACCGGCGCAUUCGGUCUAGGUGUUACCGGUUUCGAGUCACCUACCUCUCCGGCAUUUGCCAUGGCUGCUGCCGCCGCCGCCGCUGCGGGAACCCAAAUGAACAGGACCGUCUAUCUUGGGAACAUUCACCCUGAGACAACCACUGAAGAUUUGUGCAAUGCGAUCCGUGGAGGUGUAUUGCAAAGCAUUAGGUACAUGCAAGAUAAGCAUAUUGCUUUUGUAACGUUCGUGGAUGCUGGUUCUGCAUUUACUUUCUACCAAGUCGCUACGUACCAAGGCAUGACGCUCAACAACCGGCGUCUCAAGAUUGGUUGGGGCAAGAACAGUGGCCCUCUGCCCCCUGCCUUGGCUAUCGCAGUACACUCUGGAGCCACUCGUAACGUCUACAUUGGUAAUAUUGAAGACUUUGAAAACUUUUCGGAGGAGAAACUUCGCCGUGACUUUGAAGAAUUCGGCGAUAUUGAGCUGAUCAACUUUUUGAAGGAAAAGGGCGCUGCCUUUAUCAACUUUACGAACAUCGCUAGCGCAAUCAAGGCUAUUGAUGCUGUCAAGAACCGUGAACCAUACUCUGGACUUCGCGUUUCGUAUGGAAAGGACCGCUGCGCCAAUGCUCCUCGCACCCAAUCCGCUGUGCGACCUCGUGGCAACGGUGGCCACUCCCCCUCGGCAGUCACCUUGGACGGCGACGAUCUUGCUCGCUCGCCUUCGAUCCAGGUUGAUACCAUUGAUACCCAAGUCAUCGAGUAA